AUGGACAGUCGAGAUAGUCGCAAGACCAUUAAGAGCGUCGAGACGGAGAUCUCAUGGAUCCAAGCGGAGAUUGCGACACACACGAGAAAGAUCAAAUGCACGCCUUCAGCCAGCGCAUCUUCUUUCUACCUGCUAGCCACCAUUGCGCCGGCCCCAUCACCGGUUCCAGUGUACAACAACAGAUACGUGCUCGCGAACCCGCAGUUCGAACUGUUCACAGAGAAUGGCGUCUUGUUCGAGCCGCAGUAUACCCCGGAUAGGGGCACCGCCAGCGUCUUCAUCCUCGAUAGCAAAGGCCGCAUCGUCACGCAGACAUCAUACGGCGAUCACUUCUUCGCCAGCGAUGACUUUAACGACUUCGACCUGGUGCAUUUCCUGCCCCGUGGGUGGAUCCAGGCGCGCAGGGGUCAUAACGGCGAGGACGUCGGGUUCGACUAUGUCUAUUGCACGAUGCAGCCUCCGUCGGGGCGAUACGUUGGUGGAUUCAAGGAGCUGGCGUGCACGCAGGGGUAUUUCAAUGCGACGGUCUUGCAGUAUUGUCCGUUGUAUGACGAAUACUUCCGCACAGGAACAGUGCUUGGGGCGGACUACAGUGCUACAACUCCUGAUUGUCUGCUGGUGACAUACUUGGUGGUUCCCGUCUGCGGAGGAUAA